AUGUCCUAUUUCUAUCAUCACAAAUCUGGUUCGCUAAAGCGAAAAGAACGCAUAGAUCGCGAACAGAGAAAUUUAAUUGCAGAAAGAGGACAGGCAACUCUUCCUGAUUUUAAUUUUCGCCUUAAGGAAAAUUUAGAUGUCAGCGCAAAUCAAAGUCAUGAUUCAACUGAAAGGCGAGAUAGUCAGUCGUUUCCGCGUACUUCUUCGUCCACGACAACUGAACCAGAUUGUAACCAAGCUGAAACAAUUGUUACUUUUGUUUUGUCUGAUCUAGUGCAACUAGUGCAAGAAAAUCUGUCUGUAGAAACUGAUGUAAAUUUUGUUGCAACGAUUCAAAAGUCCACAUCCACAGAACGCGAAUCAGAAGAGCAACCAACAUUUCAAAUGCACUUGACUAGACAUCUUCACAACUAUGACAUUGGUACUAUAGAAACUGAUUUUUUACUUCCACAACUAGUUGAUGAAGUGAUUCGCAGAGGCCAUGAAAAAAUGCCUUCUGCUUUUCCUCGUGAUCGGUUAAACGAACGGUUUCCCGUAUCGCUGCUGUUCAAAAACUUGCCUAAUGGUGAAAAGGUGGAACGCGAUUGGUUGGUUUGGAGCCGCAGUAAGAGUGCUUUAUUUUGUCUUCCGUGUCGGUUAUUUAGUACAAACACAGUGAAUCGUUCUUAUCUUUGUUCUCCGGGCGGAUAUUCAAAAAAUCUGGCGUGGAAAAAGUUAUAUGAAAGACUGCAGCCACAUGAGAAUAAUAAAGAUCACAUUCAGUGUUAUGUGAAGUGGCGUGGACUGGAAAUGAGUAUCCGAAAUGAAUCUUCAAUUGACAAGCUGUUGUGUAAACAAAUCAAGGUUGAAGUUAAAAAAUGGCAAGAAAUUUUAACACGUAUUUUAGAUACAAUUUUGUUUCUGGGAGAAAGAGGUUUAGCACUGAGAGGGAAAAGCCAUCUUAUUGGAAAGCGAAACAACGGAAAUUUUUUGGGAAUUUUAGAAUUGAUUAGCCACUACGAUCCGGUAUUACACGAGCAUUUGGAAAAAGUGAAGACGUCUCAACAACAGCACCAGCGUCUGCAAUGCCAUUAUCUUUCGCCAGACAUACAAAACGAAUUUAUAGAUCUCUGUGCUCGUCAUAUAGUAUCGGCCAUAUUAAAAGAACGAGAAAAGGCAAAAUAUUAUUCCUUAAUUGUCGACGCCACACCCGAUUCCGCUCACGUUGAACAAACUACUUUUAUUUUACGCUAUGUUCAUUUAAAUCCAGAAGAAAAAAAGUAUACGAUUGAAGAACGUUUUUUAGAGUUUGUUGAUUGUAAUAAGAAAACUGGUGCGGCUAUUGCUGAUUUGAUACGUGACACUUUAAAAAAACAUAACAUUCCUUUGACUGAAUGCCGCGGACAAGGUUACGAUAAUGGUAGUAAUAUGAAAGGUAAAUAUAAAGGAGCACAAAGCUACAUUCUUCAAGAUAAUUCACUUGCUGUUUAUUCACCCUGUUCCGGCCACAGUUUGAAUCUAUGUGGAGUAGAUUCUGCCGAGUGUUGUUCCAAAGCCAUCACGUUUUUCGGCGUCGUUCAAAAAUGCUACACCAUUUUCAGCAGCAGUCCGCAGCGUUGGGAAAUUUUAAAAAAUAAAAUUGGAUCUUCACUUCACAGCUCAUCUGAGACGCGAUGGUCCGCCAGAAUUGACGCUGUAAAACCUUUUGCAAAUUAUCUUCCUGGACUUCAAAGUGCGUUAGAAGACUUGAAGACACUCAAUUUGACCGCGGAAACUCGUAGAGAUGUUAGUGGAAUUCAAAAAUACAUUUGUAAAUUUGAAUGUAUCUUGAUGGCAUCUAUCUGGUCAAAAAUUCUAAAUGCUAUCAAUGAAAGAAGCAUCGUUCUACAGGCUAGAAAUGCUACAAUUGACGUCGAAGUUAAAAAUCUUGAAAGUUUACUUUCGGAUAUGCAGCAAAUACGAAAUCAAUGGGAUGCCAUUUUACGCGAAUGUGAACUAGUCGCAAACACAGCAGAUGAGGCUUUUCACGAUCCAUUGCGGUAUCAGAAAUUCCCAUUGCCUGGUAGAAAGCCUUUGAACAUAUUCGUCGCGAGCCUGGUAGAACCCGGAAAGAGCGAGCUUUUGGUAUCAUUCGUGGAGGUGCUAACAGAAGAUCUUUCGGAAGAGGUGGUGCCAGAGGCAAAAGAAUUGAAAGGUGAGAUCGAAAAUCUAGAAUUUAAUGUCGGGAUGUAUAGACGUGCAGUGGAAGAAUUUACUUCGACGAAUGAUCGGAGGAUGCGGUGGCCCUCGACGGCGGGAGGAUAAGGAAAAUUAAGGAAAUAUUGAGGCGGACAAGAUUCCAAUACGCUCAUCUUCUCGAUCAUUUGCCUCAAGUGAAGGACCAGGAGAAAGAGAUCGAGCGGGAGAUGUCUUCUCUUUAAUCACGCGCGGUCAUGUCUUUAAAAAAAAAUUAUAAGGAAACUAUAAAGAAACUAUAGAGAAAAAUACUGCUGAGAGUAAUAUAUAAAAACUAUUUAAACACUACUAAAUAUAUAGAUUAUCUAAAA